AGGGAUUGGUAGGAAGUACACAUGGCGGAGGAUGGGCUAAAACUAUAACAUAAAAUAAGAGUGGUGAUAGAAAAAGGCAAACGCAGGGUAAUAAAAGUUAUCUACACUUGUCGGAUGCGGUGUUUGUUUAUUAACAAUGCGUUGUCUGUAAAAAAUAAGCAACGCAUUGCGCAUUUUGUUAAUUGAGACAUCUCACUUGCCGUACUUUGGCUGAGGCGUAGUGUGUUGCCUAGUUACACAGCUGUGCAGCGUGUUAGAGAAUAAGGUUUCCUACGGUAUGCAACACAGGUUUAAAGAUGACAGAAGCUCUGCAUAAUAUCCCUUGUCCAGUUGUAAUAGGAGAGAGGAGAUCCACUGUAUCUAGUUCUCCUGUAUCACAUGUACAGAUCUCCUGUACCUCUCAAUACUGUGCCUUUCCUCUUAAUGGAAAUAAUCUUUGUAUAUGGAAUAUAUCUAAUCCUACCGAACAGCCAAUCAUUUUGAAAGGUCAUCAUCAACCAAUAACUGCAGUAACAUUAAGUUAUGUAAUGAAUCCUUGGCUUGUCUGCUCAGCUUCACCAGAUUAUGUUAUAUUAUGGAACAUUAAGGAAUGUAAAUCUUCAUUGCUUAAAGGGUGUGUUCCUCAAGGACAUGUAAUAGCAACACUUCCAGGAAGAGUUGUUGAUUUAGAAUUCCAUCCCGAUUUGAAGAAAGUAGCAGCAUGUGCAGGGAACAAAAUACUCAUUCUUAGUGCAGAGUGUGAGGAUGUUCUAGCAGAACUAGCAGGACACUUAGGCCCAGUAAAUGCUGCUAAGUUUUGUGACUGGCAAGACAAUCUUCUAGUGUCCAUUUCUGAGGACAGAACAUUUAAGGUGUGGGAUUAUCAUGCUGAAUCACUGGUUUUUCAGUCUGCAGUGUUAUCAGCCUUUCCCCUUUUGAAGAUGUACAUUGAUGCUGAAAAACAGCAGUUAGUUACUGGAUGUGCUGAUGGCCAGCUUCGAGUUUUUAGUUUGUUAGAGGACCAUCAUUUUCGCUCUGUGUGCCAAAUUGAUCUUCAGAAAGAAAAACUCAAAUUUCUUCAGCAGUUUCCAGAAUCUGGACAACUUGAAAAAUCAGGUCUAGCAACAUCUGAAAUAAAAAAUGUCUUGUGGAGGAAUUCUGGUAAAGAUAAGGACACAUCAAUGAUGGAUUCCAGUUUUCCUGUAUUGUAUAUUGACAAAUCUAAACAGUUUUUGAUGGAUGAAAUCUCCCUUUUUGGACAUCCCAGACUACUGUGGGUGGCAAGUUCUACUGGUUUCCUUCUAAUUAACAUGGAUAACUGUGAAGUUGAAGCUAUCUUAAAUUUCAAUGAUUAUGAUAACCUCAGCAUCAUGUUGGUUGGAUCAUGUGCACUGGCAAGCAAUGUGGACACAAAGGUUUACUGUUUGCUCACUGCAAUGUUCAGCAAUCAAAUUUCACUUAUAGAAUUUGAUGCACUUACGUUGAUGAGAUCACAGCACCAAGGAAUACAAACAUGUAGACCAGUCAUCAAUCUCUCCAUUGUUUCAAGUGAGCCUCUGCUAUUAACAUCUCCACUCCGCUUGGAAGCAUCAAUAAAGUCUAAAAGUCUCAAGAAAAGUGGUGUAAAGAACACUUUAAAGGAUCAGCCACUAGUUUUCCACAAAAAAGUCAAGUCCUCUGGAUACUCUGCAGCACCAAGAAUGAAAAUGUUUUCUCCAAAAACCAACAUAAAAAAGACUAUCGAGCCUUCAAAAGUGAAGAACAAUCCAAGCGGAAUAAUGAAAGAAUAUCCUCUGAAAAGUUCUUGCCCGAACAUUCCUUGGAAACAGAUAUCUGUAGCUAAUAAGCCAACAGCUGUCAGUUGCAUUCAGUAUUCAGGUAAUGGAAAGAAACUUGCAUGUGGAUUAUUUGACAAAUCUAUUUUGCUGUUCAGUUCUGAUUUUAGCGGGGAGCCAUCGGUUUUUGCAGGUCACGAUGGUACAGUGAAUGGAUUGGGCUGGAGUCAGGAUUCCAAUUGGCUCAUCUCUUCAGCUGAAGACAGUAUGUUGAAGAUCUGGAGUGUUAAGAAUGCAGAUCCUGUCUUGGUUAUGGGGAAGGGAAUGUUUUCUAAACCAGUUCGAUUCCCACAGUUUUAUUAUAUGGAUAACUUUAUUCUGCUGUCAUCUGGAGCUGAGUUUCAUCUCCUGAAAUAUUCACUAGAUGAGGUCAAGGAUGAUUUAAAGAGGUACAAACAAAAGAGCUGGUGCAAGUCAGUUCAGAAGUUUCAGAUGGACACAGCAGUUGAGAUCACGGGGCUUUCAGCAGUAAAUGACUUUUACUCCUAUCUUGUCCUUGCAGUUGGAAGUAACCGCACAUUAGAGAUUUUUGAUCUCAACUUAAACCGCAGUGUGGCUGUGAUUCGAGAUGUCCAUCCAAGAGCUGCACACCAAAUCUGUCAGAAUAAGGGGUCUGCAUUUACUACCCAAGCAUCUGAAGCAUACAAUCUCUUUGUAACAACUGCCAUUGGAGAUGGGCUGAAACUUUGGGACAUGAGAACACUGCGGUGUGUUCGCAGAUUUGAGGGUCAUAUAAAUCGUAGUCAGCCAUGUGGAAUUGCUAUUAGUCCAUGCGGGAGGUUCAUAGCAUGUGGCUCUGAAGACAGAAGUGCAUACCUAUAUGACAUUCAUUCCAGUACAUACCUGCAAAAGCUUUCAGGACACACAGAGACUGUUAUCAAUGUAGCAUUCAAUCCAUCUUCACCACAGUUAACCACUGCUACCUUGGAUGGAAAACUCCAAAUAUUUGUUUCUUGACAAAUGUUAUUUUUGUCAUUGUCAUACUCAGUGUUCUACAUUUUGCAGAGAAAGAGCUGCAUGGAAAGGAGUUCACUUAGAUAGCAACUGUUAUUAACAUGGAAGAUGGUAAUUAUAUGGACAAUUUUUAGAUGUUUUUUUAUUUCUGACAUUUUUAACUUUUUGAUAUAAGGUUUCUAGAAUUAACAUCACAAUAGCAACUAGGUUGUGGUUUUAUGUUAAAGUGGAAAAUGACUAAGAGAGGUACAUAAAUUAUAGCAUAUUUAAUCCAACAACAGGGAUAGGAUCUACUAUCCAGAAUGUUCAGGUUCCUCCAGAUUAGGGACGUUUCCAUUAUUUUGAUCACUAAACCUUAAGUCUGCUAAAAAAACAUUUAAUUGUUAAAUAAACCCAACAGGAUGGUUUUGCCACCAAUAUGGAUUCAUGCAGCUUAGUUACCAUCAAGUACAAGUACAGCGUAGUUAUCGUUAAGCUGCUGCAGGGUUGAUUAUUAAAUCAUAAGCCAUAUUAGAAUGGUUUACAAACACCAUAAAAUAUGAUUAAUGAAGAUCAAAUGAAAAGUUGCUUAGAAGAGGCCCAUCAAGAUGUAACUGCUAUUAACUAAACAUUAAUGUAAAGAUGAACUUACCCUAUAAACCUCCCCUGACAGAGCACACAUCACUGUGUGGAGAUUAAAGUGCAGACUAGGAGAUAAAAGUGGAAUCUAGACUGCUUAAUUUGGUAAUGCAUUCCUGGAUUUCAAAGCAGGUUUCUGUUAGAUUUUAUUAUGUGCCUUUAUUUCUUAAUAUGCUAAUAACAUUGUCCACCUUGGUGCAUUCUUUCAGUUAUUUAGUUUCUGAGUGUAUCACCUAGAUUCCACUCUAGUGCAUGCUUUUUGUCAAACAUGUUUUCUGUACCUGAUUUUACAGGUGUGUAUUUCACAAUUAUAUUAUUUAAGUUAUGUUUUUCUGAUAAUUUUGUCACUAUGGUAUGAAAUGUUUUUCCCUUAAAAAUAAAGGAAACUUGUGUAUUGAG